AUGAUCAAGUUCUUUCUUCUUUUUGCUCUGGUACUCGCGGUGUCCACUGGCAAUCGCGCUCUUCCGGCUCCUUCAGAUAAAAAACUGACCAAGUUGACGACCCCAAGUCUGGACCAAGUCUCGCAGUCGGAACUGGACGAUAAGCGGAUGCUUCGAGUGACGGACGUGACUAGUGCAGCCACUGGAGAAACGAGGAGAUUGUUGAUGAACAAGUCGAAGAAAAAGAGGAAUAUCUUCAGUCGUCUCAAGACGAGAUUCAAGAAGUGGAAACCAGUCAGGAAAUACGUCGAGUACAAGAAACGUAUCAAGGUUGCGAUCAAGCUGAUCAAGUGGUUCGUCGCUCUGAGGCGGAUGAUCGAAAAGUGGAUCCAAUGGUUUGCUGAAAAGUUUGGGGGGGCGCCGCCGCCGAAGCAGAAAAAGUCGUGGCUAUCGAGGAAACGAUCAGCUGAAAAGUGA